CGCUACUUCCGCCACUACCACAACAACAACAAUCUGCUCAACUAAGACUCAGACUGAGUGAGACGGACAAGUUGAGUACUUAAGUACUUCCCUUGUUCGUGGAGCGACAGUUUUGUUUUGUUCGACGAAUAGGACUUAAAAGCGAUUCCAAGAUGGUCAAGGUGUCUUUCAACACUGCCUUCUCGCAGAAAGAUGUGAAGAAGGACGCGGAAACGCUCAUUCCCGACCAGGACAAAGAUGCUGAGGCGGCUGUGAUGCUGAUUCGUCAGCAGUCCCGGGCAUGGCGCUGGUGCAUGUGUCUCGGUCUGGCCCUAAUGCUCUCUGGAAUGGUGGUCGGUGGAGCCUACCUAUACCGCUACUACAUCCCAGAGGGGGAUGAGGUGUUUGUGUGUGGGGUCAACUACCGUGAGGAGGACUUCAGGAUCCCAGAAUACGAGCAGGUGGAGGUGGAUCUCACAAGCCCUCUGCGGCAGCUGGAGGAGAGAAUCAGAGUCCUGGAGGAAGAGCAGGUGGCGCUCAUUAAUGUGCCCGUGCCCGAGUUUGAGGACGGAGACCCAGCCGACAUUGUGCACGACUUCCAGAGGAGGUUGACAGCUUACCUGGACCUGAGCCUCAACAAGUGCUACGUCAUCCCGCUGAACACCUCUGUUGUCAUGCCACCCAGAGAUUUCCUGGAACUCCUGGUCAAUAUCAAGGCCGGCACCUACCUGCCACAGACGUACCUGGUGCACGAGGAGAUGGUGGUGACAGAGCACCUGGACCACGUGGAGCAGCUGGGCUAUUUCAUCAACAAACUGUGUCGCGGCAAGGACACCUUCAAGCUGCAGCGGCGGGACAGGAUCCUGGGUAUGCAGAAGCGCGAAGUCCUGGAUUGUCGCAAGAUUCGCCACUUCGAGAACAAGUUUGUGGUGGAGACCACCAUCUGUCACUUUUAAAUCGACAGGGUAUUCGUUUGUUUUGUUGGUUUGUUCUCCAUUUGUAUUCAAUCUUCAGCUGUUCUUCCCGGCGUGGCCUGCGAAAAUGAAAUGUGAAGAAGCCACAAAGUGUGGAGACCACUGCCCGCUUUCCUCUUUAUCUGAUAAAAAAAUAGCACAACAAACAGCUUUAAUCCAGUAAAUUGUAAUCCAAGUCGUUGUAGCUUUACACAGCACACACUAUGAAUUCAGGGUAACUUUUUUUUAUUUUAUUUUUUUAAAAUCUUGUGGUGUAGCAAUAACACACUUCCCAAUUAAUUAACUGGACUUUUCAGUUGUCUUUUCAGCUUUCGAAUAAUCAAUUUGUGCAGCCAGAGAGCUCAGUGGGCAUUUUCGGUGUAUGUUUUGCUGCGGUGAAGUGGGGGAGGGGAAUAAUUACUCUUCUACUAAUAUGUAUUUUGUGUUUGUUUGCAUACACUUGUGUGUAUAAUCUUGGGACAGUCCAACAGAGAAUUACAACAAAGAG